AUGCGAGAGUACUGCUCGGACAGCGGACUUUCGGAAGGAUGGAACGGCCUCAAUGAGGCUUGCGAGCUGGACGGAGGAACGAAACUUCUCCCGUGGUCUAUUAUCGACAAUGUCACAGAAUCUGAGGUGAAAUCUUGGCCCAUUCUCACCUAUGAGGAUACACAACUGGGUGCUGAGUUUAAUACCUCUGUCUCGGUUGAUCCAGAUCUCUUUCAGAUUGGAUAUCAGACUAUCUUUGACUGGGAGGAUCAAAGAACGAAGCGACACAACUACGGCUAUGCGAUAGUCGGUUUCUGGGGAAUUAUCGUCCUCUUCAGUACCAUUCAUAACUUCAUUCGAUACCUGAUGGACUCAUCUAUCCUUCAGUCGAAAACAAUAACGGGAUUUCAGGGCUUCAUCGACAAAUACUUGGCCGUGCCACCGAUCUUCAAAACCAAGAGAAGAAACAGAAUUUUCAGCAUGUUUUCCACUCCGAGACUACAAGCCAUCAUCAUUUCGAUAUACUUCAUUAUCAGUAUAGUCCUGAUGUGCGCGGACUAUAGUGCAUUCUCGGAAAACCUUUAUUUCACCAAGAAGUCCACACAGUUAUGGCGCUAUAUUGGGGAUAGAGCGGGUGCACUAGUGAUCAACAACCUGCCAGUCAUGUGGCUGUUCGCGACUCGAAAUAACAUCCUCUUAUGGGUAACAGGCUGGGAUUUCGCCACGUUCAACACCUUCCAUCGUUGGAUAGGGAGGGCGUGUGCCAUUGAGAUAUUCUUGCAUGAGCUUGGAACAGAAUAUUUCCUUCCGCUUUGGAAGGACGUCGACUGGUAUAUGGGCGUUGUUUUUGCAUUAUAUUCCUCUGCGGAGUACAAUCACGACGCGAAUGUUGUCCAGUUGAAGACACGAGUCCGACGGAUUGUCUCUCCUCGUCCCGGGAGCUACUAUUAUGUUUAUGGGUGGCGGUCUCUCAAAUUCUGGGAAAGUCACCCAUUUACUUUGAGCGGUUGGAAUACGGUGAACACGACGGAAGAGUCCUAUACCGAGCUCAUCUUCCUAAUCAGUGUGCAAAAUGGCUUUACUUCGAGACUACGAGGACAACUAGUCCGUCCUGAAAGAUCCGAGAUGGGCGCUUCAUUGGCUGCAAGGAAAGCCUGCCUAUUUGUUGAGGGCCCGUAUGGCUCUGAUUUUCACCCAUGGAAUUCUGAAACCGCUCUCUUCGUUAUUGGCGGGGCAGGUAUCACGGUUGCAACAUCAUAUAUGCAAGACCUGGUUGAUCUGGUGAAAAGUGGCAAGCAUAUUGACCAGAAGGUCAAGAGGGUCAAGAUAGUGUGGGCUGUGAAGAGCCCCGCCUUCUAUCAAUUUGUCUAUGAGCGCUACAUGGCGACUUGGGAAGCCAGUUUUGCAUCAACAGAUAUCGAGGUAUCGCUGGAUGUGUACCUCACGGUGCCUUCCAAGAUGAAUUCGGAUGAUGGGUCAUCAAGACCAGAACAUCGUGCCGAACUCAGUGAGAAUACGAAGAAGAUGGAUACCGUUAUCUCUCUAUCGUCUUCAUCAAACUCCCACAUUGCGACCGAGAAAGCGCCCUCCGAGGAGGUUUCUACCAAUACGGACACCACAACUCUCAAAAUAACAUUCGUGCACGGAAGACCGAUAAUUAGCGAUGUCGUUGGAAGCCAAAUUGAAACUCUCCGCUCCUCCGGGGAGAAGAAGCUCGCACUUGUCGGCUGUGGACCAGCUACCAUGGCCCACGACAUACGCCUCUCCUUCGUCGAGUCUUCAAAUGAUGGGCAAGCUGCGGUUGACUUCCACUUGGCUCCAUUCGGCUGGUGA